AUGCCCCUCAGCAACCUGUGGCUGUCCUUCCUCUUUGUGUUACAGUGUGGGAACUUUGCUGUGCUGGUGGAUCUCUACGUACUGCCCCUGGGCGGCCAAGAGGACGCCAGCUGGUUUACUACAGACCACAUCGAGGAGGUGACCGUCCUGGUUCGAGACUCCGUGGACCAGAGGGUGAAGCAGUACGCAGAGCUCCUUCUUAAUCGCAGACAGCUCAAACAGAAGAAGGAGCUGGCACCUGCUGCAGCUUUUUCUGUUCAAGGGGAAAACUUUGACCUGGUGGCCAAUUUUCUGAAGCGGCACUCCAACCUCAGAUGUCUUGUGAAGCAGGAUUUGCGUGUGUUUCCUGAACGAUAUGUUGUGUGUGUGAGUCGUCCGAAGGAUGCCUCGGCCCACCAUGGAAACCCGAGCCCGGCUGUGACCGAGCCGAGUGAACAAAGCAGAUCGGCAUAUUUUUCCAGUGUGGGAGAAACCCAAGAGCUUUUAAACAGCUCCGCAAAAACAAAGAAAACUGUGCUUCAAAAGCUAGCGAAACACGCGAGUGCUCAGCGAGACCUUUGUGGUUUUACUACAGCGGAGCUGCACAGUGACCAGAAAGCCAGCCCUGAAACCCAGAGCCUAAUACCCAAAGCCGGAGAGUCAGAAUCGAGGAUCGAGGCGACGUCCAGCUCCGUGCUGAAGGCGCUUCCAGGGUCAGACCACGAGGUGCCUUCCUCCAGCGAUGUAACUCAGAAGCAGGAGUGGCAGGCUGGGAGUCCUGCUCCGAACGGCGUCAACCUAAAUGAGGCCUCGGCAGAUCUCUGCCAGCAUGAAAUCAGUCAGAAGACCAGCAAGAGGUCUGAGCUGGAUGCUGCCGGGGAAGACCCUCAGCCACAGAGGGCCAAGAGGACGUGCCUUGGAAGACCUCCAGCCACAAUGCAAACCCUCCCCACCGACAGCUCCCCACAAACAUUCAAGCGUGACCUUCUUCCUCUGACGCCCCUUCCUCCAGUGGAAGCCAAGACAGAGUCCAAGGCUUUCCCUGUCUCGGAGUGCAAGAAAACCACAGUGGAAGUAGAGCUGCUUACUCCAGGGAAACGGGCCCAAAGGCUCCCCCUCACAAGCAAUAACACGGCACAGACAAACCAAAACAGGCUGGCCGCAAGUCUGAGGGGCCUAUCUGUCAACCCUGCAUCCUCAGGCUCCUCUAUUGGUUCCAGAUCCGCGCUCGCCGAGGAGGGGAGUGAAAAUGUACCCAGAACCUCCAGAUUACGGCGAUUGAAGAAGUCCUGAGGGGGGAGAGACGGGCUACAGUGAAGAUGCCUGACGCCACGGAGAUAGAGAUGAUAUUCUGUCAGGCUACAUGUUUACCCCGUGCUGUUGGUGCGGUUUUCCUCACAUGACUUGCAUUUGUGCGUGUGUCACUUCUCACUAAAAUAUUUGCUCUCCUCGCAUCUGCUGCGCACACACACACUCACACACACACGCAAGAUCAAAUGCUGCACACAUUAUUACAAUUGAUACACGAGCGUUUGAGUUGCGCUCCGUCGAAUACUUGAAGCGGACUCUGCCUCCACCCAUAAGUAUUGGUGGUCAAGAGAGGCUCGCAAAUGAAAGUCAAAAACCUUUAAUUGGAGUUUAGAUUUGGUUUUGUGUUGGAGAUUGGGGAUUUCAGACAGGCAGGAGCCAUGCAGUACGUCAUGGCUCUCCGUCUGAAACGCUGGCUCCUACGUGUCUGAAAACUGUCCAGUUUCCCCCGCCGAAGCUCUGCUGUGAUUGAUUGCUGUUUCCAGUUUUAUUUCAUCACCUCGUUCUAAAAAUGCAUUCUGUAGUUAGAUUUCAUUCAUGUAUAAUUUGUUGCAUGCUCAGUUGCUAAGCACCUGAAAUUAAUCUGCAAAACUGGAAGGCAUCAUGCGGCAUUUAUGCUGAAUUUGGACCAAAUCUAUGUGGCUAAUAGCGGUAAAAUGGGGAACAGCGGGACGUCUGCUGCAUCACAGGUUAGAGUGGGAGCUCCUGUCGUCACUGUGACACUUGGUCUCUGGCUCAACCCCAAAGGCAGCAAAUAAGGAAGUAACAGUCACAGUAUAGCUUCAAAACCAAGCUGCUCCAUCCACUGACAUGCUGCAGC